AUGCCCAGCCUCGGCUUUCCGGCUCGCUGUCCCGCGCGUCCCUGGCCUUCCGCCGAGAGGGGAGGAGUCGGGGGCGGAGCGGGAGGAGUGGCGCGGGCCCCGCGUGGGUCCUGCCGGAGAUCACUUCGGCCCCUUGGCGAGGAAGCCAAGCUGCGGCGGCGCAGGAGGGGGCGGGUUCGGCGAGGGCGCGGCCUCUGGGAGGGGGGCGCGCGACGCGCAUCCCCCGCGCUCGCCGGGGCCACUCGGGAGCCUCGCGGCAGUCCGGUGCCCCACUUGGCAAUCCGCUCCGCGCUGCUUCCUCGCGCCCGCCUCCUCCUGUCACCUCCCGUCUCAGCCUCCUCGCUCCAUCCCGGCUGUAUCCACCGCCAUCCGAGUGCCUCAAAGAGCGAGAGGUGGUGCGCGGGACCGCAGGGCGCGCCCUCCAGCGGACCCCGGCUCGGCCUUGGUGGGGGCACGGGCGGCAGCAUGGACACCAAGCGCUGCUUUGCCAAUCGCUUCGAUGACUACCAGGGCAGCCUGCUGGCGGGCCAGUGCGAGGAGGCGGUGGCGCCCUUGGUCACCGCCACCAUCGAGCGCAUCCUCCAGGAGCUGCCCCCGCUCGGGGGCGGCCCGGAGGGCCGGGGGGCGGCGGCCGCGGCCGGCAGCUGCCAGUGGGGACUGUACGGCGGCGUGGCCGGGGUGGCCUACAUGCUCUACCACGUCUCUCAGAGCCCGCUCUUCGCCGCGGCCCGGGAGCGCUACCUGCGCUCGGCCAAGCGCCUCAUCGACGCGUGCGCCCGCGCUGAGGAGUGGGGCGAGCCGGACGCCGACACCCGCGCCGCCUUCCUGCUCGGGGGGCGCGGGCGUGUACGCCGUGGCCACGCUCGUGUACCACGCCCUGGGCCGGCCCGACUACGUGCAGCCGCUGGGCAAGUUCCGGGCUCUGUGCGCCGUCUGCGCGCCCGUCUCUUUCCUCGAGUGCGGCUCCGACGAGCUAUUCGUGGGCCGCGCGGGCUACCUGUGCGCCGCGCUCGUGCUCAAGCAGAAACUCGCCCAGGAGGUAAGAGGCCACCCCGGCCGCCAGGGGGCGCGUGCCGCCCAACUACCCGGCUCCCGGCUCUGGGAGCUGCGCCCAGGCUAUUCUCCAUCUCUCUUUGUUACUCUUUUGACUCUGGUUUCUUGAGGCUCUUGAGGUUUAUCCCUUGCUUUUGUCCGUCUCCCCCCGCCCCGCCCUCCCCCCACUGCUUUCAGUCUCUCGGUUGGGAUUCCGCGCCUUUGCUCUUUGUUCGUGUUUUACUGAGACAUGGCAUCUCUCCAAAUGCCUCUGCCCGGGUGUUGGCUGGAGGUCCUUCCAAGUGA